AAUCCCGCUCGCUGCACAACACUGCUAGAAAGAAGAGCCAGCAAGCCAUGGCCGGCGUCCUGCUCUCGGCCGCCGUUGCCUGCGUCCUUCUCGCCGGCGCCGCGUCCGCGUCGUCGUCGUCGCCGCGGGUGUUCACCGUCGGCGGCGUAGAGAGGGGCUGGAGGCAGCCGGCGCCCGGCGAGGAGACCUACAACCACUGGGCCACCAAGAACCGCUUCCACGUCGGCGAUUUCCUCCAUUUCAGGUACGACAAGAACGACUCCGUGCUGGUGGUGACGCGCGACGACUACAAGCGCUGCGGCGCGGACAGGCCGGUGCUCCGCCUCGAGGGCGGCGAGGCGAGGUUCCGGCUCGAGCGGAGCGGCUUCCUCUACUUCAUCAGCGGCUCGCCGGGCCACUGCGACGCCGGCCAGAGGUUCACCCUGCGCGUCAUGGCGCAGAGGGACAACGGCGCCGCCUCCCGGACGGAGGCCCCCGCCAUGUCUCCCGGCGGGUCCUUCAACUCCACGCCGGGGUCCGGAUCAGGAUCCACGCGCAUGCCGCCGCGCGGGAACGCCGGCGACGGGAAGACCAGCGGCGCCGCGCCCUUCGGUGCCUAUCACGCCGUUGGCGCCGCUCUGGGACCGCCUCUUCCAGCCACCAUCUCCGACCCUCCGUCCACCGCCGCUUCGUUUCCCGCCGCAUCGCCAAUGGCCUCGCGGCUCCGGCUCGGCCAGCCCAAUCCGAACCCCGGACUCAGCCCCAGCCCCGGCGAGAGGAAGGGUGAAGAAGGAGAAGCGAGGAAGCCGGAGCCGCGGCGAGAGGUGACGGACCUGGGCGGCGGGAGCGAGGUGGUGCACAUCCCGCGGUUCAUGUCGCGGGAGACGGCGUGGGAGAUGUUCGAACACCUCGACAAGCGCAUCCCGUGGACACGCCCCACCAUUCGCGUCUUCGGCCGCUCCGUCGUCCAGCCCAGAGAUACCUGCUAUGUGGCAGAUAAAGGGCUAACAGAUUUGAGGUACAGCGGCCAUCAGCCUCAUGCGCACUCUUGGGAUGAUUUCCCAGUGCUCAAGGAUAUCUUGAAAGAGGUCCAUGAAGCCCUCCCGGGGAGCCACUUUAACAGCCUGCUGCUGAACAGAUACAAGGGAGGUUCAGACUACGUGUCGUGGCACGCCGAUGACGAACCCCUCUACGGGCCUACCCCAGAGAUUGCGUCGGUCACAUUCGGGUGCGAGCGUGAGUUCUUGCUGAGGAAGAAGCCUACCAACACGAAAUCACAAGCUGCUGGUGAAUCUGGGGAAACGGCUCGGAAGCGGCUCAAGGCCAGCGCCCCUCAGCAGCAUUCGUUCCUCCUGAAGCAUGGCUCGUUGCUCGUGAUGAGGGGCUACACCCAGCGGGACUGGCAGCACGCGGUGCCCAAGCGUGCAAGAGCGGCCUCGACGAGGAUCAACCUGACUUUCCGGCGUGUGUUGCCAUGAACAUGGGCAGUUCGCUUUGCCUCCCUCCAGUUUUGCGCCUGUGCCCAUUGCGUGCAGUGUGUAGUUGGUUUCUUGAUAAUGCUUUGAACUCGCUUAUCCCCCCUUCCCACCUCCUGUAAUCUCUAUCGAACUCUGUAUUUCCAUUAUGCCAAACUAAUGGAAAUGGGACAAAAAUGUGCAA